GCACACUUUGUUUCUCUAAUUAGCUAUGGAGUCUUUAAUAUUUAGUCCAAAUCAUAGCUUUUCCUUUAUAAGAAACAACAAGAAAAUGCUUUCAGUAAAGAUUCAACAGCUGCAGCAUUUAACAGGGAUGCAGAUUAUCCAAUUGCAACGCAAACCAAUUUUUAAUGCACUGAAGAGCCUAGUUGCUACUGAGGAUGAUUCCCCUGCUCAGACUGUCGAAGUGGAUAACAAAAUUAAGGAUCUAAUCUCAUGCACCAAGAGUUUGUUGAGUACAAUAGAGGAUGGGCGAAUAAGUGUGUCACCAUAUGAUACAGCAUGGGUUGCACUUAUAAGAAAUAUUGAUGGGAUUGAAAUUCCUCAAUUUCCAUCUUCACUAGAGUGGGUCGCCCAACAUCAACAUCUUGAUGGCUCAUGGGGAGAUGAACAACUGGUGAAUGUGUAUGAUCGCCUCGUAAAUACGAUUGCAUGCGUCAUAGCACUCAAGACGUGGAAUGUUCACGAUGACAAGAUCGAUAAAGGAAUAUCAUAUGUGAAGGAGCAUGUGGCGGAACUUGGAGAUGCAUUUGAUGUGCACAUGACUUGUGGAUUUGAAGUAAUAUAUCACACCCUUCUUCAAAAAGCACAUGAUUUGGGAAUUGAAGAGAUUCCAAUAUCUGAAAAGAUUUCAACUGCAAGGGAUCAUAAGAUGAAAAAAAUACCUAGAGAGUUGAUGCACCAAGUGACAACAACAUUACUCUAUAGUCUGGAAGGGCUACAAGAAUUGGACUGGCCAAGGCUAUUAAAACUCCAAUCACCUGAUGGCUCAUUCUUCACUUCUCCAUCUUCAACAGCUUUUGCAUUUAUGGAAACUAAAGAUCACAAAUGCUUAAAAUUUAUCACUGACAUCGUCCACAAAUUCAAUGGAGGAGCUCCUACUACUUAUCCUGUCGACCUAUAUGCGCGACUAUGGGCCACUGAUAGACUACAACGCUUGGGAAUUUCUCGUUUCUUUCAGACGGAGAUAAAGGAUUGCUUAACUUACGUAUAUAGAUUUUGGAACGAUAACGGAAUCUAUAGUAGGCGAGAUAUAAACUACAGUGAUGUUGAUGACACAUCCAUGGCUUUUAGGCUUCUACGGUUGCAUGGAUAUGAUGUCAACCCAAAUGUGUUGAGGAAAUUCAAAGAGGGUGACAGAUUUAUUUGCCAAAGGGGUGAGGUGACACCAUCUACCACGGCAAUGUAUGCUCUCUAUAGGGCUUCUCAAAUCCGAUUUGAAGGGGACGUGGUUCUUGAAGAAGCUUACGAUUUUUCGAGAAAGUUUCUGCACGAUUGGUUGGAAGGAGAUGAACAUCUUGAUAAAUGGGUUAUAUCUAAGAAUUUGCCUCAUGAGAUUCAGGUAGGACUGGAGAUGCCGUGGUAUGCCACUCUGCCACGAGUAGAGGUUGCAUAUUAUUUGCAACAUUAUGGUGGCUCCGCCAACGUCUGGUUCGCCAAGACAUUGUAUAGGAUGCCAGAUAUCCAAAACGAUGAGUAUCUAGAGCUUGCAAGAUUGGAUUUCGAGAGAUGCCAAUCACAGCAUCUGAUUGAGUGGAGUCAUAUGCAAGGAUGGUAUGAAAAUCAACAUUUUGAAGAAUUUGGAAUAAGCAGAAAACAAUUAUUGGUAGCUUACUUUUUGGCUGCUGCAACUAUAUUUGAACCAGAGAAAGGCAAAGAGAGAAUUUUGUGGGCAAAAUCUCAACUGAUUUCAAAGAUGAUCAGAACAAUUUUUGAUCAAGAACACUCCAGAGAGAAAAGAUCUGCUCUGUUAAAAGAUUUCAGUUACAACAUCAAUUGCUCAAGAAAACUAAAUAGUGCUGAGACAGAGCAUCGAGUUGUCAACAUUAUGCUAGAAUCCCUCCACGACCUAUUCAAAGGUUUUGAUGAAUGCAUUAGCCUCCAACUAAAAAGUGCUUGGUAUUUGUGGGUGAUGAAGUUUGAAAAAGGACAUUUAUGGGAAGAUGCAGAGCUAUUUGUCACCACCUUAAAUAUUUGCUCUCUUCCAAUCAACGAUGUAUUGCUCCAUCGUGAGUACAUAACUCUCUCCAGGCUAGUGAACAAAAUCUGCCACCACCUCUCACAGAUUCCAAAUAAAAAGGAGGAAGUAGAAAUGAGAAUGGCAAAAGGCGACAUGAGUGAAAUUGAAGAAGAUUUGGAGGCAUUGACGAAACUAGUCUUGGUAGAAUCCAGCUUCCUCACCAAAAAUAUCAAGCAAACAUUUUUAUGGGUUGCAAAGACAUUCUACUAUGUAGCCUACUUUGAUGCUGCAACAAUCCAUCUCCAUAUAUACAAAGUACUAUUUGAGAGGAUUGUGUAAAUGUUUACAUUUAUGCUAUGUUUUCUUUCAAUAACAUUUGUCUUGGACAAUGUGGACUGUAAUAAUACUCUCACUGUGACAUAUAUAUUCCUCUUUAGGUUGUUCCAAUAAACUUGAUGCAUUUUAUUUA